AUGGACGAUAAAGAGGCUGCAGACAAGGAAUCGGUGUUGCAAAUGAUAUCUAAAUCCAUUCCAGCCCACCUUGGGGACGUGAUGAGCUCAAGGGAAACCUUUGUGAGUUUGUCGGAUGAGUUUACACCAAUGCAAAGGAUCUUACUCACUGCCAAUGGUAAUGUUCAAAGGAUCUUGAGUGCAUACUACAACGCACCAGUCACUGUCGAUAUACUAUUCAACGAAAAAAUUGCUGGAUCAACUGAGAACUGCAUCAUGUUUAAUCGCUCAGUAGAUAUCAAAGUCAACAAGUACACAUGCUGUCGAGCAACCAGCACUGUCUCUAUCUAUGAUCCUGCAUAUCUGAAGCUCGUGGAAGAAGAUGGUGUUGGAAUUGGUCAAUUGUUUAGGUACUUGAACAUUCUUCCCGAGUUUCAAUUACUAGAAGUUGGUCGCGAUGAUGGUGUUGCUGGUGGGGUUGGAGGAUUCUGGCGUCGCUAUAUUUUGAGCGCUGCUGGUGUCAAAAAAGUAGAAAGCCGUGUGUAUAGAGUAUUAGAAUAG